AUGGAGAGGCCGCUUGCUCCCGCCUCCUCCCGUCUCCUCCGCCUCCUCCUGCCUCCACCCGCCUCCUCCCGUCUCCUCCCGUCUCCUCCCGUCUCCUCCUGUCUCCUCCCGUCUCCUCCCGUCUCCUCCAGCCUCCACCCGCCGCCUCCCGCCUCCUCCAGCCUCCUCCCGCCUCCUCCAGCCUCCACCCGUCUCCUCCCGCCUCCUCCCGCCUCCUCCCGCCUCCUCCCGUCUCCACCCGCCUCCACCCGCCUCCUCCCGCCUCCUCCCGUCUCCACCCGCCUCCACCCGCCUCCUCCAGCCUCCUCCCGUCUCCUCCAGCCUCCUCCCGCCUCCUCCCGUCUCCUCCAGCCUCCUCCCGUCUCCACCUGCCUCCUCCCGUCUCCUCCAGCCUCCUCCAGCCUCCUCCAGCCUCCUCCAGCCUCCUCCCGCCUCCUCCAGCCUCCUCCCGCCUCCUCCAGCCUCCACCCGUCUCCUCCCGCCUCCUCCCGCCUCCUCCCGCCUCCUCCCGUCUCCACCCGCCUCCACCCGCCUCCUCCCGCCUCCUCCCGUCUCCACCCGCCUCCACCCGCCUCCUCCCGCCUCCUCCCGCCUCCUCCCGUCUCCACCCGCCUCCACCCGCCUCCUCCAGCCUCCUCCCGUCUCCUCCAGCCUCCUCCCGCCUCCUCCCGUCUCCUCCAGCCUCCUCCCGUCUCCACCUGCCUCCUCCCGUCUCCUCCAGCCUCCUCCAGCCUCCUCCAGCCUCCUCCAGCCUCCUCCCGCCUCCUCCCGUCUCCUCCCGCCUCCUCCCGCCUCUUAAAGCCUCCUCCUCUCAAUCACACUUUGAAUCGCAAUACUCUAAUUCUCUGCUGGCAUGUCACUCCACAGAAGGGAUAUGAGAUUUGUCAAGUGACACAUGGAGAGGCCGCUUUCUCCCGCCUCCUCCCGUCUCCUCCCAUCUCCUCCCGCCUCCUCCAGCCUCCUCCCGUCUCCUCCCGCCUCCUCCCGCCUCCUCCCGCCUCCUCCCGUCUCCACCCGCCUCCACCCGCCUCCUCCCGUCUCCACCCGCCUCCUCCCUUCUCCUCCCGUCUCCUCCCGUCUCCUCCCGCCUCCUCCCGCCUCCUCCCGUCUCCUCCCGUCUCCUCCCGCCUCCACCCGCCUCCUCCCGUCUCCUCCCGUCUCCUCCCGUCUCCACCCGCCUCCACCCGUCUCCUCCCGUCUCCACCCGUCUCCUCCAGCCUCCUCCCGCCUCCUCCCGUCUCCUCCCGUCUCCUCCCGUCUCCACCCGCCUCCACCCGUCUCCUCCCGUCUCCUCCCGUCUCCACCCGUCUCCUCCAGCCUCCACCCGCCUCCACCCGUCUCCUCCCGUCUCCUCCCGUCUCCUCCAGCCUCCACCCGCCUCCACCCGUCUCCUCCAGCCUCCUCCCGUCUCCUCCAGCCUCCUCCCGCCUCCUCCCGUCUCCUCCUGCCUCCUCCCGUCUCCUCCCGCCUCCACCCGCCUCCACCCGUCUCCUCCCGUCUCCUCCCGUCUCCUCCAGCCUCCACCCGCCUCCACCCGUCUCCUCCAGCCUCCUCCCGUCUCCUCCAGCCUCCUCCCGCCUCCUCCCGUCUCCUCCAGCCUCCUCCCGUCUCCACCUGCCUCCUCCCGUCUCCUCCAGCCUCCUCCAGCCUCCUCCAGCCUCCUCCAGCCUCCUCCCGCCUCCUCCCGUCUCCUCCCGCCUCCUCCCGCCUCUUAAAGCCUCCUCCUCUCAAUCACACUUUGAAUCGCAAUACUCUAAUUCUCUGCUGGCAUGUCACUCCACAGAAGGGAUAUGA